AUGACGAAAAACACCACACCUGCUAGUCACGACUACCCGCUAUACUUCAUACAACCUGUCAAUGGCCGCUGUAGGUGUUUGCCUGGGGCCUUGGCAGCGGGGCAAGACAGUUACUGCAGGGUGCGGGAUCUACCUGGUAUAGAAGGGAAGUGUCUACCUCCAGGAUUUGGACAACCUUACCCUAUCAAUGCCAACACCCAAGCCACCCAGCAAGGCACCAAUACCGGAGCACCUGCAGCAAAUGCUGUUCAAUCAACAAACGCUCCUCAACAAAAUUUUGCAGCACCACCACAGCAGCAACAACAACAACAGCAGCAGCAACAACAGACAAACAUGCCGUAUCCUAAUUCAAUGAAUUUCGGACAGCAACCGCCAUAUCCUAUGCAAUCGAACCAAAUGCCCAACAACCCUAUGGGUGGGCAGUCUCCCAACGGAUUUGGCCCACAACAGAGCCAGUGGGGUCCACCACAAAACCAAUGGGGGCCACCACAAAACCAAUGGGGCCCACCACAAAACCAAUGGGGACCACCACAAAACCAAUGGGGGCCACCACAAAACCAAUGGGGACCACCACAAAACCAAUGGGCGACACCACAAAACCAAUGGGGUCAGCAAGGAAAUCGAUUCGGUCAAGGAAACCAAAUGGGUCAAGCAAACCCAAUGAACAAUUUAGCAAACAUGUUCCUCUUUAAUGGAAACAUGGAUCAAUACAUGGAUUUCCAGCUGAUGAACAUGUUCGGUUUUCCUCCAGGCAUGCUCGACAUCAACUCAGAAACCAUGUGGAUGAUGAACCGGUUUAACCCAAACCGUCGUAGGGGAAUGGGAUCCGGAAUGGGAUCCGGAAUGGGAAUGGGAACCGGAAUGGCAUCUGGAAUGGGAAUGGGAACCGGAAUGGGAUCUGGAAUGGGAAGUAGUAGAGGUGGCAAUCGUCAAGGAAUGAGCUGGAUGACAGAUCCAUUCCUUAUGUCAACAAUAUUGAAUUAG